AUGGAUGAGUCCUCGGCCACUCCGCUGAUCACUCCCUACUUGGUCCCCACCACAGCUGGUGUCGGCGCGGCAGUUCCGCCGCCGCCCACAGCAAACCCUAAUGUUGUCGCCGCUGCCUCCGUCUGCGUCCUAUUCGUGCCACCGUGGCCGAAUUCACAGCCCGACGCCACGCCUCCUGUGUCGUCGCUCGUGUCGAAAGCAAGGGCCGAAGCUUCAAAGCUCCCGGCCGUCGCUGCCCAAAUGCCAGCCAAGAAGGCCCCCAAGAAAGUCGUAGCUCGUCGCCCCGCUCGACCUCCUGCACCGAGUGCUCCACAACAGCCACCGCCGGCUCCAUCGACUGGAGCGGCUUUCAGCGCGCGCAACCUGCUCGACCAAUUCAAGGCAGUCACAAAUCAAACCAUAUGGGAAAAGAACCGCUCGGCGCUUAUCUGCUCUCGACCGGCCAAGUCGCUGGUCCAUGCCUCCUCCAUCGGCCGCUCCGGCGACGGGAGGGGGUGGGGACCCCGGAGUGACUGCUCUGGCCUCUAG